CAGCCGGCUCCUCCCGCCUCGCCUCGCCUCUCGGCUGCCACCAGCCCGGCGCCCUAUAAAGCGCCAGCCGCGGCCGGCCCCGCAUCGGCCCCAUGGAGGAGCGCGCGGGCCCCGUCGAGCUGGAGAGCGAGAAAAAGGGGAAGAAGCGGCGGCGGGGGCGAAGCGCCGGCUCUGGCAUGUGAAUGAGGAGCAGAUUCUUCCCAGAGGAGAAAAGGAUGAACUUGGGCAGCCUUUCUGCUGCCCCUCCGGGUGGCUUUGCCCACUGGCCUGAGCCUCUGCCCUUAGCUAAGUGCCUUGGUGGCAGUGGGCAGGAGGAGCCCGGGGGGAGCUCUAUGCAGGAGAGUGGCUACCUGAGCCUGAAGGGCCCAAGCCCAGAGGAGUCUGACGCAGACCUGGGGUCGUGGAGCUCCUUGGAGCAGGACACCACCGAAACGCAGAUGAAGGUGGACUUCUUCCGCAAGCUGGGCUACUCCUCGGAGCAGAUCCUGGCCGUCCUCCAGAAGCACGGCCUGAACGCUGACACCAACACGGUCCUCGGGGAGCUGGUCAAGCAUGGGAUGACCACGGGGGAGAGGGACCCUACUGAUGCGCCCCAGGAUGCCCCCGAGGCACCGCUGGUCCCACGAGGGGGUGCAGCAAACCAGAGCCCCACACGUGCCACACCUCUGGAGGGAGAGGACGGAGAGAACUUGCGCCCCAUCGUCAUCGACGGGAGCAACGUGGCCAUGAGCCACGGGGACAAAGAUGUCUUCUCCUGCCAGGGCAUCUUUCUGGCGGUGAAGUGGUUCCUCGACCGAGGACACACAGACAUCACUGUCUUUGUGCCAUCCUGGAGGAAGGAGCAGCCGAGGCCUGACGUCCCAAUCACAGACCAGCACAUCCUCCGCGACCUUGAGGAGAAGAGGAUCCUUGUCUUCACGCCUUCCCGGCGCGUGGGGGGCAAGCGGGUGGUCUGCUACGAUGACCGCUUCAUUGUGAAGCUGGCCUACGAGUCGGACGGCAUCGUGGUCUCCAACGACGUCUACCGAGACCUGCAGGCGGAGCGGCCCGAGUGGAAGAAGUUCAUCGAGAAGCGUCUGCUGAUGUACUCGUUCGUCAAUGACAAGUUCAUGCUUCCCGAUGAUCCACUUGGGCGUCAUGGACCCAGCCUGGACAACUUUCUGAGGAAGAAGCCGGUGGUUCCUGAGCACAAGAAGCAGCAGUGCCCUUAUGGGAAGAAAUGCACCUACGGCGUCAAGUGCAAGUUCUACCACCCAGAGCGCCUCAACCAGCUGCAGCGCUCCGUGGCCGACGAGCUCCGCGCCAACGCCAGGCUGUCCCCAACUAGGGGCGUGCCAACAUCCAAGGAGGAGAGGGGGAGCCGGCGGCCCUCCCAGGUGGAAGCCUUGGGCUCCCUGCCCCCCGAGAGUGAGAAGACCCCCUUUCAGAAGGCUUCCAUGGACAAGAAAAGCUCCACCCACAAAGCCAAGCACGGGGAAGGCCCCACACACCUCCCUCUCAAAGGGGCCCCUCAUAAGAGCAGCGGCAGUGGCACCUACCGGCCCACAGAGUGGUACCAGCCACCGCCUCCUGCCUCUCCCCACAUGGACUCCCUCUCUUACGUGUCUCAGGAGCAGUUCGACUCUGGCAUCGGCUCCCUGGAGAGCCAGCUGUCCGAGAUGUGGCCCAGCCCCCCGGGCAGCCACAGCGCUCACCCCCACCACUGCAGGGGGCAGAGGCCCACCUACCCGCACCCUCUGGGCCCUGAGUCAAAUAGCUACAACUGCUACCAGCCCCAGGGCUACCACAAGUCCGUUGCGGGCUCUGGCACUGGCUUCUUGCCCUACAAACCAGAGGUGCCUUCCUCCUCUGCCAGGGCCCUCCCUCCCUCCCUGCCCGGAUACAGCCUGCCUGCUGACUCGAGGGCUUCUCUGGGGCAGGGACCCAAGUACUGGUCCGAGCCCUACCAGCCCACAGCCCCCAGGGAGGGGCUGAGGGGCCACCAGCUGCCCUACGACAAGGCCUCCUGCCAGUGGGCCGCAACAGACCACUUUGCCAAGGAGCGUGCCAACGUGCACACCCGCCUGUGCGGGAUCUUCCACCCUCACCUGGUGGACGUGGUCAUGAGCCGCUUCCCGCAGCUUCUCGACCCCCAGCAGCUCGCCGCCGAAAUCCUCACUUACAAGUCCCAAAACCCCGGGGUGUGAGGUGGUUGGGAGGAAAUCCUCUUCCUGUAUUGCAGGGGGUUGGACUAGAUGGCCCGUGGAGUCCCUUCCAACUUUUAUAAUUCUGCAGUUCCCCAGGGAAGGUCCUUCCCAAACACCAGUUGAAGCUUUGAGGCCUGAGCGGGCCAGUGAGUAAUUAGGAUGAGGAGGGACAACCUUUCCCUCCCCUUCAAGCAUUUGUUCAGAGGCAAGGCUUGUUCUUCACAUAAGAGCAAUGGCACGUCCGAGCAAGGGUGAAGUUGGCAAAAGGGGAUAACAGGCUCUCCCAUAACUGCUGUGAUUAAAAAAAAAAAAAUCUUCUGAUAACUGGAAGCCAUGAGAGCACUGCCUGUGCUCUGGCUGCCUUGCCUUCUCCCAGCUUUCAAAGGGGACCCACACUCCCCUGACCUCCAGACGUCCUCCAGCACUGUAGGAGGAGGCAUCUCUAGUUAUGGGGUGGAGAGUUCAGUGCUCGCUACUCCUCUAGCAGCUCAGUCUUGGUGACUGGCAAGUCCGAUGUUAACGGUUAUAGAUACUUUCGGUAAUGAAUAUAUAGCAAUUGCUCCUGGUUCCGGCUUAUAUAUUUUUUAAAAAAUAAAGUGUGUGAUUCACUUGCAGGCCAGGAGCAGUUGAUCUGUUGAUGCAUAUUGUAUCCCUCUGUAUACGUUAUGUAUUCUUCCGUGUGGUCCUUCUAGUGGUUGACGCUGAAGCCAUCCCAGGUGGCAGCUGGCAGAAGGGAGAGAGCACAGCACAAGACCCCCUGCCCCAUGAGUGGGCGCUGUGACCUGCUCCUUCCUUCUCCCACCUGCCAAAGGGAUGGGUCGGCCAGGCUAGCACUGUGUGCUGCAGUAGCCACCUGGACCCAGAAAACCCCGUAUGCCUGGUUAUAUUAUGAUACAUCACGGAACGGUGAUGUUUCAUGUUAGUAAGCAAAAUGCUUUUUAACUAUUGUUUGUAAUCUUAUAACUUUGCACAUUUUGUAAAUUACGUGAGAGUUUGGUUUUUAAUGGGAUGGGAUCCUGGAUGAUGCUGGUUUUCCUUCCUUCUGAGGUUGCUUUCCCAUAAUUGGGAGUGGGCUGUUUUAAAGUGCAUGGAACAGUAAAAACACUUUGGAAUGUCUUGUGAUCUUUCCUCUUCUUCUUCUUCUUCUUCCUCCUCCUCCUCCUCCUUCUUUUCUCUCUCUCUCUCUCUCUCUUUCUGAAGCAAUAACAACUGAUUGUGAUGCACAAAUAAAAGGCCCUAGUUGUUCACAUCA